AUGGCGAUUUUUUUCAACCCAGAGAAUGCACUAAAGCGUGCAGAAGAACUUAUCAGUGUUGGGCAGAAACAAGAUGCUCUCAAGGUGCUUCACGAUCUCAUCACCUCAAGGAGCUUCAGAUCAUGGCAGAAACCACACGAGAAGAUUAUGUUUAGAUACGUGGAGCUUUGCGUUGACUUGAAGAUGGGACGGUUCGCUAAAGAUGGAUUGAUCCAAUACCGUAAUUCUUGCCAGCAAGUGAACGUGACUUCCUUUGAAGAAGUAACCAAGCGAUUCAUACAACUUGCUACCGUAAAAGCUGAGCAGGCCCUUGAUGAGAAGGCCUUUGAUGUAGAUGAUCUUGAGGUUACAUUGUGGCUCAAGUUCUUGUGGGAGACAUACAGAACCGUUCUUGAGAUAUUACGAAACAACUCCAAGUUGCAAGCCUUGUAUGCGUUUACGGCACAUAAAGCAUUCCAGUUCUUUAAGAAGUAUAAACGACCAACAGAGUUUCGUAGGGUCUGCGAAAUUAUGAGAAACAAUUUGGAGAACCUUAACAAAUACAGAGACCAGAGGGACCGUCCUGACUUGACAGAGCCUGAGACUUUGCAACUAUACCUAGACACAAGAUUUGAGCAGUUAAAAGUAGCUACUGAGCUUGGACUUUGGCAGGAAGCUUUUCGCUCUGUUGAAGAUAUAUAUGGACUGAUGAGCAUGGUCAACAAAACUCUUAGGCCAUCUUUAUUGGUGGUUUAUUAUUCUAAAUUGACUGAGAUCUUCUGGACUUCCUCUUGUCAUCUUUACCAUGCUUAUGCGUGGUUGAAGCUGUUUAGCUUGCAGAAGAAUUUCAACAAGAAUUUAAGCCAGAAGGAUCUGCAGUUGGUAGCUUCUUCUGUUGUCCUGGCCGCAUUAUCUGUUUCACCGUUUGGUCAUGCACAUGGUGCUUCCCAUUUCGAACUUGAAAUUGAGAAAGAACGCAAUUUAAAGAUGGCCAACCUCAUAGUCUUCAAUCUUGAACCUAAAUUCGAAGGCAGAGACAUGGUAACAUUUUAUCUGUUUGUUUCAAGUGGUGUUUUGAGCUGUGCAACUCAGGAGGUCAAAGAUCUUUACCAUCAACUAGAGAAUGAGUUUCACCCACUUGAUCUCAGUUCCAAGACUAAGCCUUUGCUGGAUAGAAUCUCCAAAAUUGAUGGGAAGCUGACAACAGCUCCUUCUUUACCAGAAGUGCAUCUCUCCCAAUAUGUUCCCUCUUUGGAGAAGCUUGCUACUCUGAAGCUACUUCAACAAGUGUCUAAGAUGUAUCAGACGAUAAGAAUUAAGAGUCUAUCUCAGUUGGUCCCUUUCUUUGACUUCUCAGACGUUGAGAAGAUAUCAGUUGACGCUGUGAAACACAAUUUUUUGGCCAUGAAAGUUGAUCAUGUGAAGGGUUUUGUAACUUUUGGAAACCUGGGUAUUGACUCUGAUGAGUUGAGAGAUCCUCUGACUAUUUUUGCUGAGACUAUGAACAAAGUAAGAGCCAUGUUAUUCCCUACUUCAUGUAAAGCGUCAAAGCUUGGUAAUGACAUAGCACCAAAUCUAGAAGAGACUGUUGAAAAGGAGCAUAAGAGAUUGCUUGCUAGGCAAUCAAUCAUUGAAAAGAGGAAGGAGGAACAAGAACGUCAGCAACUAGAGAUGGAACAUGAAGAGGAGCAGAGAAAGCUUAAGCUUCUGAAGCAAACAGAAGAAGCGGAACAGAAGAGACUUGCCUCAGAGGUUGAGGGGAGGAGGAGACAAAGAAUCCUUAGGGAGAUAGAGGAGAGGGAGCUUGAGCAAGCUCAGGCUUCUCUAGAGGCCACUGAGAGACGCCAGAUAAAUGGAGAGGAAAGGGAGAGGAGGCUCCGUAGACUUGCCAAAACAAUGGAUUACCUUGAACGAGCAAAGAGAGAAGAGUCUGCCCCUUUGAUUGAAGCUGCAUAUCAGCAAAGACUCAUUGAGGAAAGAGAACUUGAGGAACAGACUGAGAUCAAGCUCAGCAAGGAACGUCAUGAGAGUGACCUUAAGGAGAAAGUCAGAGUGGCCAGAAUGUUAAGUUCAGAAUCUUUUGAAAUAUUCCAGAAGAGAGUGAUUAGGCUUCGAGAAGCUGAGCUUGAGAGACAAAAGAGAGAGAAAGAGGAGCAUCUUGCCCAAGUGAAACAAGAAAGAGAUGUUAAGAGAAAGCAAAUAUAUUAUUUGAAAUGUGAAGAGGAAAGAAUAAGAAAGCUUAAUGAAGAAGAGGAAGCUCGUAAGCAGAGAGGUCCUUCACAAUCGUCUGCAAAAUACAUUCCUAAGUUCAGGCUUAGCCAAGCCACUGAAGUUUCAGUCUCUGCCGAUGAGCAGUGGGGAAGGAGAAGACCACAACAUAGUGGCAGGGACAGUGCUGCACCUCUGGUUGAAGGAGAUCAACGUGGCAAUGCAGGUGAGCGACCUGGUGGUGGUUCUUGGCGCAGUGAAGAAGGCAGAUAUGCGUUGAGAAGUAGCGGUCCAAGGUCUUCCUUUUCAUCAACGCUGAUGCCUGUGUAG